AUGUCUUCGCCGACUUCAGUAAACACCACGGACGUUGGCGGGAGAGUAUACAAACGUCGACCUGGCGCUUGCGAGACUUGCAAAGUACGAAAGCGAAAAUGCGAUGGUGGCAGGCCGAGCUGUGAUAAGUGCCUCGAUUUUGACGGUCUGGUAACAGCCGGCUGGAAUCUUUCAAAUCUGCAGACAGCCAACGACGAGAGCACUGUCGACCAUCCUGUUCGUGCUUUCACCGCAUCUGAACCAUAUCUUGGGUCGAGAUACAUAGGAGAGACUGAGAUUUCACGACUCUUCGAAGAUGUGGCGCUUAUUACACUUCACGCGUUCUGGCUGCUGUACACCAUCGAAAAGCCGUAUCGAUUGCGAAACGGACAAGCUUCGGCUUUGAAUGAUGCCUACAUCGACCACGAGCCGAUGUCUUCCGGGAUCGAAGCUAGAAAGCCGUUGAUGCAAACCUUUGGGGUUCAUUACCGUCUAGCUCAAUGUUGUGCCAGGAUAGCAAGCGACUUUGACAGUCAGGAAGCUCUUUCACAGUCUAUGGUCUUCACAUCAGAGAAUCUAGACAACUGGUUAGAACAGCUUCAACAGUUGAAAGUUGACGUCUUCACGACACGGCAUCAGCCCGCAUUAGCUAUGACGUGGGAUCCGAGAAUCGCCUCACCGAAUAGUCCGUGUAUGACACCUUCAGAGGGGGAUAUCUCAGCAAGCCUACUCUACUUCGAGCUAGUGUUGUGCGUCUGUGGACGUUUUUCAGCUAGUUCUUUGGGUGACUCAAGCACUGAUAAGAUUGAACAAAGGGUUCUUGAGUCUGCUAUUGAUAUCUUGAAAUUACUCGUCGAGGUCGAUCCCACCAAGGCGGGUACAGAUCAGAAUUUGGUGCGCAUUGCCGUCAGUUCGUUCUGCCUCGUUGCGACUUUCAUCUCAAGGGCGAAUGAGCGGGCCACGAUCUUCAGAUAUCUGGUUUCAACGCUCGGUUUCUUCGCUCGGAUGACAAUCAAUUCACCACUCAUGACUCUGGGGAAAUUCAGCUCCGUGGUGGACUCAGUGCAAAAGGUACUCAAGAAUGAUGGUUGA